AUGAUGAAAUUCUCGAUCUUUCAGAGAAAAGAGCGUCCCUCACCAGCUCCACCAGCCACUCUUCCAAAAGGAAACAUUCAGCAUUUAAUCAACUCUGAUUCCGAGGAUGAAGAGGUAAUCUUCACAAAAAGUAUGGUGCAACGAUUGAAGGGAAAAAUUCGAGAUCAAGAAGGAGGUGCAGAUAGUGUACAAAUAAGAAGACCGAUGGGGAUAAAUGGGAAAGAAGCAAGGAGCAAGACACCAGAUCUUGACUCGAAGAGUGUUAAAUCAGCAGACAGUGGUACUCAAUCAUUACCGGAUGGAGAUCGACCAUUAACCCCUAGAACACGAGAUCGGGUUCUACGAGAGAUCGCUGGUGUGGAUAUCGGUGAUGGAAAGAUCGGCAAUGAUCGAAAGAAAUACUAUUUCCGUCGAUCGAUGAAUGUCUAUCACAACACGUUGAGAAUAUUGGAGAGUCGAAAAGAGGAAUGUUUAUACAAAGAACAG